AUGUAUCAAGGCUCCAAGGAGUUUCCGACGGCCAUUGAAGCUGUGACCACGGCGUUGCAGGAGUGGGACACAAGGCUUCAAAAACGCACUAACGCACUUAAACAAAGACUUAGUGACUUACAAUCUAAUAAUUAUACUAGCUUUAAUGGCGCACUUAAUGAACUUAGCUCACUUAGUGGUGACGCACUUAGUAAGGUCCCUUACCAGUUGGGUGUUUGUAUCCAACACGCUACUGAGCUCCUUGACGCCUUCAAGGUAGCCAAAAAAGCUUACAGUAACCUAGAUGCUGGCCUUCAAAAAAGGCUCAGCGAUUCCGUAAAUAAGGUGGAGUUAGAGGUUGAGAAAUUCCACGCAGCAGCGACCAAUGAUGAGCUGCGCCAGGCGUUGGUGUUUACUGAGGGACAAAUAACGGAGUUGGAAAAGGAGGUGAAAGACAUUGUUGAUAGAAAGGUACAUGGUAUGGAGGAUGCAAUAUAUGCAAAAUUUGAGAAGCAGAUUCGUUGGCCCAUUGAAGAUGUUAAUAAAAAGUUGAGUCAAGUGAAUCGUGAAUUGGAGGAGUGGAUUCGGGAAGCCGGGGGCGUUGUAAGGAAAGCCGUUGAUAAGUGUAAUGUAAUAUUGUUGAAAGUGGAGGAUAGGAAUGGUCAACCAACGGAACUAAAGAAGGCGGCUCAAACUCUACAAACUGAGGGUACAAGACUUUUGACUGCGGCGAAGGAGGCCAAGGAGCAAGUUGAAGCGUUGGUGCCGGCGGCAUUAGGGGCUGUGAAGAUAAUGAAUGAUGCGCUUAAAGGGGAUUUGCAUAAGGUGAGAGAGGGGAUAUUGAAUCAAACCAAACAGUAUGCUACGACGCUGCCUGAACAGAUUCGGAAGGUGGUUGAAAAAAUUACAGAUGAGAUUGCGACACGCAGUGGCACUCCGGAUUCUCUUCUUGAUAUUAUUGAAGGGGUGAAGAAGUAUGCCAAGCAGUUCGAGUCAAAAUUCUCGGCGUCAGUAGAGAAGAUGGUGACGGCAAUUGUGAACGGGGCGGUGGAUCAGUAUAUUACCUGGUAUGUUGGGAGUAACCAAGGUAAGUUCAACAUUGCGAAAUACAAUAAUGAGCCGCAACAACGUGAGGCGGUGAAAAAAGUUAUUCAAUAUUACCUCCCCGGCUACAUUCGAGAUUUAAUAACGGGCGCGGCUUUAACAGCCGGACUUAACGACAUUACAAAUGUAAGUAAGAUAGGAGAAAAUUUUAGAGAAUUCUCUAAAGACAUAAACAGACAGAUUAGCAGUAUUAAGGCUGAAGACGUGGCACAACAAAUUGAGGGUGAGUUGGAGAGGGUGAAGGUGCUAAAUGCUUCUUCUCAAUCCAAAAAAGAAUUUCUCCAGUCCGCGCUUGAGAUUAUAGUAUCAGCAGUCAAUACCUUCAGUACAAAUAUGUCCCAGGAACUCAAACUGCUGAUGGAAACCUGCAGCAUUGUCAACCUGGAAUCAGCUAUGGCAACGGUUAAGGGGAUUGGUGCGGGGAUCGGGCAGUCUCUUACCACCGUUAUUAUCCCUCCCGCAGGCACUAGUGUUACAACGCAAAUUUAUGAUAAGAUUACUCGAAUACUCACCGAACACAUUGGGGAGGAUGAUCUAACAGACGCUUUAGUCAGCCCGAAAGUGAAAGCGGAUAAGGUCAAAAUUGAAACGGGGAAUUUUGCUAAUUAUAAAACGUACGUUAUCCAACCCGUGAAUCCAACUGCACAAGGUAGACUGCCUGAUGAGAUCAACAAAAUUCAGAGCCAGGGCAUGGCUUCGCUUAAUGCAAUUCCGGAGAAUACUGUCUUUACGUGCCAGUUAGAAGCUGUUAACAAGCACCUUACUGAGAUCACUACAUUGGUCAGCGGUGGGAGGAAACGUAGCUUUGCUGACGAUGGUGACAAAGGCGUCAAAAUACUGUUGCAAGAUCUCUGUAAAGGACUUGGCAAUGAUAAAGUGGAGCAUGCUUUUACUCGUGGUCUCGCGAUAAUUAAGACCAAAAUUGAGAACAUUCUGGGCAUUGGAAAAAGCGACGAGCCAAAUACAUUAAAGAAAAUACUGAAAGACGCCGGCAAGUUCUACAAUGAAGUAAUACAAAAGCACGCCGACGACGCCAUCACCGAUAUUCACGGUUUUAUUACCGAGGAGGUAACAGAGAAAAUCAGGAAUAUUCAGCAUAAUGUGAAAGAUCUCUACUAUACCAAGAUUAGUGGAAUGUUCAACGAGAUGAAAGAAAGUGUUAAUUGGGAAAUAAGUGCAAUCGAUAAGGAAAUAAAGAGUGAUCUAUACAGCGGAGUAAAAGGCUUUUUAAAAGGGCUGAGGGGUAAUUUUGAGAUGUUGGGUCUUCCAAGUUUCGAAAAUAGGCUGGGAGCUCUGAAAGAGCGUCAAAACGUUGAUCCUAAAAAUGGAUUUAAUACCCUGUCAAACAACCUGAAGGAUUAUCUCGAUCCGAUUUUAACAUACGUACAAAAUGAUUUAACAAAACAUCUCUCCAACUCCCAAUACCCCUCCCAACUCUCCACCAUCCACUCCGCUGUGGACACCCUCCUCUCCCACCUGUCCACGCAAAAACACUUCGACCACAAGGUCCCCGGAAUGCUCGCGGAACUCAAGACGUCCGUCCAAGCACUCCACUCCACAAACUUCGGCAACCCCGCGUACCCCGUGCUCGACGCUUUCCCCAAGAGCCUGGUGCGCUUCGUCGAGCAGCUGGAGAGGGGGUACGUGAACAGGUAUGAGGGGGGUGAGGAUGCAGAAGAGUUUAAGAAAUUCGUGAAUGAUUAUCCUAAAAACGAUGAGUUGAUCUCUUAUGGUACGAAUUUGUCUAAGGUUUUGCUCACCUUAAUGGAGGGGCUGAGAAAAGAUGUGUUUGAUUUGCAAAAUGAAUGUGGAAAGACAUCUGGUGGAUGGCGGAACAUGAACAUUAUUUCAAGCAAUAAACUUGGCGAAUUCUUUAGUAAUCGUGGUUACCUUGUCUCGAAGGUAAAACAAGACGGUGAGUUGCGGAACCACGAUGAGUGCAAGGGUGAAAAAAUUAAGAGUGAACUUCUUACAAAGAAAAUUACAGAAGGUUCCACAAGUCCGAUCAUAAAGGCGUGGAAGGAAACAAACAAGAAAGAGAAUCCUGAGGAAAUCUCUCUCUUCGACAUUGCCGAUUUUCUCCGCGAAUUUUUCAGAAAGUACUAUGAAGUAUGCCAACAUAUUCAUAUCGAUAAGCCCACGUCACCAUCGAACAUCUAUCAAAUGCUCCAGUGGCUGUCCGGGUUGUACUUUAACCCGAUGUAUGAGAAAGUGAAGGAACAAUUUAGUGGACUUUUUGAUAAGGAUACCAAGCAGUUAUCUGUAGUCGUACCAGACAAAGAGAAACAUACAAAGGACGUAACUCUUAAACCUAGUGAUUUAGACACCCCAAUCCAACAGGUUUGUUUACGCUCGCAACUUGCACUAACCGCCAUCCUAGGUCACGGACACGCAGACGGGCGAUACGCCUGUGACUUCCGCACAAACUUAGACAAAUUAUCGUAUCCCUCUAAUGCAUCAUCAUGCUUAGACAUGCUUGUUGAUAUAUUGAAGAGAGUGUGCUUACAAACAUACUUCCUAUACCUUCAAUGUAAAAACAGCCGUUUUAGAGGCGGGUGGGCCGACUGCCACUAUGGCAGAUACGUAGGUGGGUCAUCAUGGAACUGCAAUGAGUUCCAAUGUGCCAACCUAGAGUGCAAGCUAAGCGGUAACCAAAAUGGUAACCUAAGUGCUGGCCAACGCUGCGAUCAACACCCUAUCUGCGGUGUGAAAUCACCACUUCAAUCGUUCCUUGAAGAUGGAUUACCAGGCUUUCUACCUCAUUCGUUUAAAACUCCUGGUUGUAAGCUUACGUGUAGCCUUCGUAAUCAUAAUGGUAUCCCGUGUAAAACGCCCAUGGGAUUUUCCGACAUUGGUAUUGUAGCCUCUCAUACACAGAAAGGUGCGUAUCUACUUGGUGAACUCAAACAUUUCUGCGGCCCAGAUUCUAAACUCAAUAAGUUGUGUUCUUACCUCAACUGCCUGCUCCGCGUAGCACCGCAGACGCUUAGCGAUAUGUUUGCGUUUUACCAUAGAUUGCUCAGGUUCUGGGGUGACAAGAAGAAAACUUCGGUGCUUAAGAGUGUUGCAUUUGAUGAAGCUGUCCGAAAGGCCAACUUUGGGAACAAGGAAACAAAGUUGGACGUUACAUUCAUUCAUCAAUACGAUAGUCAUUCUAGCAAUACGCAUAAAAAUGGUGAUCUGUUCAGCCUUAUAAACUGCAACCAGAAUAGUAACCCAGUCGUUCCCUGCGGCCCAUAUUUGCAGCCUUUGUCUCUUGAAGGUUGUGAUACAUUUUCCGCAGAACAUCAAUCGGAUUGCCAUGCCAUUGUCAGAUGCAAAAAUACACAUCCGACAUUGUAUGCAUACGGCUUAACCUUUAAAAGCCCAUCCACGCUAUGUGGCGAAAAAUCUGAAACGACGAAACGCACAUGUCAAGAUUUCUGCCAGGUGUUACAGAAGGUGUGUCAUGGCAGAUCAGUACUUGCCGACUUGGUCAUUAACAAAAUUCCAGCAUUCUUGUGGGAGAUAAGAUACAAAUUCUUCUACACGCUUGUGGCCCUCUGGUCCCUCUCUUUGCUCUACCUGCUGCACAUCGCCGUCGUCCGCCUCGACGUCCUCCGCAUACGCUCCCACCUGAGAUCACCCGCAAGCCACCGCAUCGCCGCGCAGUCCCUCCUCGCCGCCGCACGCGUCAAGGCACUCGCCAACGUCAAGUACUUCUCACCAUAA